AUGGUUCGCAUCGCCGUGAUUGGCUGUGGUCUUAUGGGUACGAAAAUAGCAGGUGAUAUGGCAUAUCAUGGUCAUAGAGUGAAGAUAUAUGACCAUAACCCAGCUGCCCUGGAUGUAUUUUAUCAUAAUUUAGCUGAUGACAAGGAAGAAUUAAAGAAUGAGGGUCUCAUGACUCAUCCAAACUUUCUUGGUCAAGUUCUCUGUAUGAGUCGAUUAGAAGAAACUGUUAUAGAUGCUGAGUUUAUAUUUGAAGCUGUUAUUGAUGAUUUACAAAUUAAACAAGAUUUAUUUGAAAGUGUUUCUCAUUUAUGUAGUCCAACAGCAGUGAUUGGUUCCAAUACUCUGUACUUAGAUAUGAAUAAAAUAAUUGAAAAGGCAGCAUACAAAGAGAGAAUUCUUGGUCUGAGGUUUUUACAUCCAGUGUACACAAUACCUGAAGUUGAAAUUACAGCAACAAAAUUCACAACAUCACAAAAUGUUGAAAAAGUUCGACAUUUGCUUGAGAGGAUUGGGAAAACAUUGUUUUUUAGAUCGGGUCAAGAACCACUCAUACUAUCAGAGGAGCAAAUAGAAUCCAGAAAACAAGCAAGAAGAGAACAGCUCAGAAGACAGAGAGGUUUGAUGGGGAUUCCAGAAGUUUAUAUUCCGCAGUUGGGUCACAAUGGCAACCUAUCACCACCACAGGAUGAUGAUCUUGCCAGUGUUAAUGACCGUGAUUGUGCAAUCUGCAUGGAUCGCCAGCGUGACUGUUUAUUAUGUCCAUGCCAUCAUAUGAUCACCUGUAUGGAAUGUGCAAAGUCACUGCUCAAUCGUAAAGAUUUCUGCCCAAUUUGUCGAAAAGACAUCACAGAAAUUAUACGAGUGUUUCAUUCAUAA